UCUUCUUCACGGCGGUGGGUCGGAACCGCUGUAUCCCCGGUCUGGCACGUUCCUAGCUAAAUUCUCCACGGUGUAAAAUUGGAUACCCCCCUAUUUCACCAACCCAAAAAAAUACCCCCUCUUCAAUACCCUGCAGCCGCUUACACGUUUGCGCUUAACACAAGCAUCUAAAUCUCAACCAGAUACUUUAGAAGAUGGCGGUGGUAAGCGGGAUGUCGGGGUCGGCGGUAGCCCGGCUGGAGGGCCGAGAAUUUGAGUAUCUGAUGAAGAAAAGGUCGGUGACCAUCGGCCGGAACUCUUCACAGGGGUCGGUGGACGUCAGCAUGGGACACUCCAGCUUCAUCUCCCGGCGGCACCUCGAAAUAUUCACCGCAGGAGAAGAUGGCACUGGCACGGGGGAAUUCUACCUCCGAUGUCUUGGAAAAAAUGGGGUGUUUGUUGAUGGGGUGUUCCAGAGAAGAGGGGCUCCACCUCUCCAGCUGCCACGAAUGUGUUGUUUCCGCUUCCCUAGCACAAGUAUAAAGAUCACGUUCACAGCCCUGUCUAGUGACAAGAAGGAGCCAAGGAACGUGCCGGAAUCACCGGUAAAGCCCGUCCAGCCCCAAAUUUCCCCCCUGACUAUAAACAUUCCUGACAACAUCGCCCACCUCAUGAGUCCACUGCCUUCACCUACCGGCACCAUCAGUGCAGCAAACUCCUGUCCAUCAAGUCCACGAGGCGCGGGACUCUCCAGCUACAGGACGGGCCGUGCUCUGGCCUCCGAUCUCAUAGGAGAUAACUCCCAAUCAGAAAACGACAAGGAGGCUUCAGGUGAAGACAGCCCAAAGGAUGACUCCAAACCACCAUAUUCAUAUGCGCAACUAAUAGUCCAAGCUAUCACCAUGGCCCCAGAUAAACAGCUAACACUGAAUGGAAUAUACACCCACAUUACCAAGAACUAUCCCUACUACAGAACAGCUGAUAAAGGCUGGCAGAACUCAAUCCGCCACAACCUGUCUCUGAACCGGUACUUCAUCAAAGUGGCCCGCUCUCAAGAGGAGCCGGGCAAAGGCUCGUUUUGGAGAAUCGACCCUGCCUCAGAGGGCAAGCUGAUAGAGCAAGCCUUCAGGAAGCGCAGGCCUAGGGGAGUGCCCUGCUUUAGGACACCCGUAGGGCCGCUCUCAUCCAGGAGUGCUCCAGCUUCUCCCAACCACACAGGGGCACUGUCUGCCCACUCUAGUGGGGUUCAGACUCCAGACAGUCUGUCCAGAGAAGGGUCCCCAGUCCCCAUGGAGCCAGAGCCAACCCCACCACCAGCCCCUACCCAAACCACUACAGUCCAGCCCAAACUCGCUGUCAUUCAAGAGGCCCGCUUUGCACAGAACUCCUCUGGCUCCCCCCUCAACAACCAGUCAGUAUUGAUCGCUGUGCAGCGCCAGAUGCCUCAAACGACCAUGAAGUCUGUGACCUAUGCCAUGGCAUCACCAGCCAUUGUGACGACGACAGUUAGCUCUGCCCCCGUCAUGCAGACGGUGCACGUCGUCCACCAGAUCCCAGCCGUCACCAUGGCAACUGUUGGAGGACAGUCUGCUGCUACAGCGAGCCCAGAACCUCAGGAGAAUGGAGGAGGAGAGCACCAAGAGAUCAAAGUAAAAGUGGAGCCCGUCCCAUCCAUCACAGCCUCAUCUAUAGGUGGAGUCAGUCGCAUCAUCCAGAGCUCUCAGGCUGCUCCCCUGACAACAGUCACCAUCGUUCAACAAGCUCCACUCGGUCAGCACCAGCUCCCAAUAAAAGCCAUCACACAGAAUGGGACUCAUCUGGUCCCCAUCAGCACUGCUGGUGGCACAGCUGUUGCAAACCCUCUCCAUCUCCUGGCAACUCAUGCUUCAGCCUCAGCUUCCCUCCCCACCAAGAGGCAGAAUGGAGAACUGCAAGACCAGCCCGAAUCAAAAAGGGUGAAAAAGGAGGAGGAAGAGAACGGGAAAGAAGCAACUGCCAACAACAACAACGGCACCACGGACAGAGCCGGAGAGGGAGGGGUCAGUGAGCAGGUUGGCGACAAGUAGCCUCCCCUCACUAACUACUCCCAACUGCAUCCUGAUCCCUGCUCUCCUGUACGCAUUGAGCCUCACACCAUCCACUCUCACCCCUCCAUCAACCUGGUGUCAUCAUCUUCUCCAAGGUGCCAAAAAGAGAAGGACUACAGAAUGUGCACACCCCUCCCAUCCUCUCUUCCAUUUAUUUAAGACCAUGAAACAUGAUGCAAAAACUAAAGACCAAAUUUAAAAUGGAAUCAAAGAAUCACUGAUGAUUGUGAAUAGCAGAUGUUUGAUAUCAAGAUGGCGAAAAGAAACACAGAAAGGAAAAGAACACAGAUUUAAAAAUCCAGAUUUCCAGAUUAAAGGAAAAAAGAAGACUUAUUAGAAAAACGAGGAGUCUAAAAGCUCCCCCAAAGAUAAAAAGGACUCUCAUUCUGGUAGCAUUACAGACAAGCACUUAACUGUGUGUCGGAUAGAAAAAGCAAACUGACAUCACCAGUAGUGUAUUCCACGAAGGGAAGUGUGUGUACGUGUGGACAUUCCCAUCUUCGGCAGCUAGCUCAAUGUCGACCUACCUAACCCAGUCGUGAGUAGAUAUGCAGUAUUCCGUUGUACAAGUGUAUCUUUGGAUCUUUUUUGAGUGUUUCUCCGUUUCCCAAGGCACAGAUACUAUCUAGUAAUAAUUAAGAUAACUAAAAGCUAUAAGUGGGGUCUUUGAGAACAUUAAACAUCACAACAUAUUUUAGGAUAUCCCGUUUUUUCGUUGUUUUUGUAUGUGGACUUUUUGUUCGGUGAAAUGAAUGUCGUCUCCUUUUGUUCCUUUUAAAGAAAACACUAUCUAUGGAGUGGAUGUUCUUUUUUUUGCUCAUUCAUGCAAAUUCUUUAUCAUUGUACAUCUACAGAUUUUUUCCAGAUUUUACAAAUAUCCUAUGAGACAAAAAGUAUAUUCUCAUGUGUAUUUGACCAUACACUUCAUUGAGCUUGCAUGUUACGGAUCUAGAAACAAUGUACUUGAGCAGAUUAUCUGAAUAUGGAACUGAAGAAAAUUUAGACUGAAUCUACGCUGUAUGAUUCUGACCAGUGCUGCACUUAACCUCUGAGUUCUUUUAUAUUUUUGCAUUUUCAUUUGUUUUUUUUUCCCCUGUCGUCAUUGGCUGUUUGUUAUCUUUGUGUUAAAGUUGGCAGUCUCUUGGCUUGAUUCUUUUUAUUCUGUUCAGGCUACUAAACGGCCUAUUCAGAUUGUAUUCUAAGUACCACAAGGAAAAACAAGUGAUAGGUGUUUGUUCUGCUUCAGUGGAUAAAUGCUUUUUUUUAUAUAUAAAUUUAUUUAAAAAACAUAA